AUGACCACAAUAGGCCCCAACUCUGUAGGCCGCUACAAGACACGGAGAAUCCCUGAUGACAAGCGGAAGCGAGCUGCCCAGGCAUGCGAUCGGUGUAAGGCUCGUAAAAGCAAAUGCGUGGGCGUCGCCUCGGGCAGGUGCCAGAGAUGUACCCGGGAUGACCGGGUCUGCAAACUUACCAAGCAUUAUCAGUCUCAGGAGGAAUCAGCUUCACCACAGUCAACGAGGGCGGUGGUAAACAGGCUAUGUGGACCUGCCAGCUUUGAGCCUGUUGAAGAUGGCGGUGGUAUCGAUAAUAACCAAACAAUGAAGAUAACUUGGCCCAAGUUUCUGGUGCAGCUUCGAGAAGCGCUUGCAUUGGAUUCGCGUACCGAACUGAAAGAGGGCGACAUGAUGGCCAUGCAGACGCAAUUCCACCAGCCAACGUCACUACAGCCAAACGAAAUCAAUCGCAUCCACAAGGCUUCUCGCGCUCUUCCACCUCGAGCCGUCGCUGAUUUUCUAAUUUCAGUAUGCAUAACCCACGCAUCCGAUGUCUUCUUUUACUUCGACCACGCCCAGUUCUUGGCCGACGUUGAUCAACUCUACACAAAUUCCGCAUCUCAACUCCGCUUGGAUAGCGGGUUUGUUUGUUUGGUCCUUUCAGUUCUAGCGCUGGGCAGUCAAUGGACAGAAAUAGAACGGCCGGCGGGUUUCCCUACCAAUGUACUCCCCGAUGGCGGGGAUCCUGGACGCGUUUUUUACGAAGAAGCUCGGCUACUUAUCCCCGAUCUCAUGGAUCGUACAUCUUUGACUUCGAUCCAAGCGCCCUUCAUUCUAGGAGUAUACUCACUCCCAGACCGAGCACCAGGGUCGGCAUACUCUUAUAUGGGGUUAUCUCUGCGCAAAGCCGUUGCACUUGAGAUCCAUCAGCAGACAGACGAUUCAAGAAUUUCCGAGCACGAGAAGCAGGUUCACCGUCGCUUAUGGUGGUCUGUAUACUCGCUAGAGCGGACUACGGCCGUAAAACUAAAUCGUCCACGGUCCAUUGACCCGGGGGCGAUUACCACGCCGCUCCCAGCCCCUUUGCCUUCUUUGGAUUGUACCCAGACGGUGGACAAUAUCCAGCACCAGAUAGCGUAUGCAGAGUUGGUGAGAAUUAUUGAUCAGAUUGCUGACGUAGGGAGCAAACCGUGCGACAAUACCCAGAUAGAUGCGUUACAACUGGAGCUGCAAACCUGGAAGCAAAACGUGCCUUCAUCUCUGAUAAUGGACAACCUACAACCUAAAGAUAAUUGCUAUCGCCUUGCCUUCCACCUCCGGCUCAACUAUCUCUACGCCUGGAUAGUCCUCGGCAAAGGUUCCCUCCUUAGCACCAUCCAAGCCCAGGUCCGGCAUCAUAAGCAAAACCCCCACGCAGUACUAGUGGAGGGCGAUACUCCAGCUUUCGGCUCACUAGCCCUAUCCUGCGUAAAGGCCAGCAAAACAAUACUUCACCUCUUCGAGCACCUCUCACACAACAAUCUCAUAUUCCGCUUCUCCUUCACGGACUUCCAAGGCUGUAGUAUCGCCACCAUCGUGGCUAUCUUGGCCGGUAUCAUCGAGCGAGACUCAGAGUAUGAAGCCCGUGUUGCCUUUGGAUUGAACUACCUGCGUACAAUGGCGCUUGGUAAUCUACCGGCUGAAGUUGGUGUGCGGUUUAUCGAAGCCCUGCAGGCUAUCUCGAAUGAGGCUUUUACAAAACUUGGGAGUGUGUCGUCUUUGGAUGAUAAAAGCGACCAAGGACAGGGAGCCCAGCCAGGGGCCCGCUACGCCGCUGGGUAUAGUGAAUGGGCGCAAUGGGUGUCGUCAAAGGCCAACCCAGGCUCUGAGCAACAGCGGAGCACUCCAUUCGGGGUCUCUGAUUCUACAUUUGGAUCAACGAUGGCCACUACUACUAUAGAUGGGCAAGCUACGGCGGGACUUAGUGUGAACGAGCUCCCAAAAUGGCCGGGGUCAGAAGCUCAUCAGGACCUGUCCAAUACAGGCACUGUUGACUCGCCGCAUCUAUCUCUUGAUGUAGAUCCGCAGAUGAUUUGGAGCCAUGAUGAUCAGAUGGCGCUGAUGGGGUUGACUGGUUUGGACAUGUUGGAAUUUGAAGCGAUACCGUCACAUGUAAAUAAUCCAUAUUGACGGUUGACAUGGCAUGACAUGUUCGUUAACUCCUUCCUU